CAAGGACCAAAUAUGCUAUCAACACUUGUAUAAAUAGCCAACUUGCAUCCCUUCACAAACACUCACAAAGAAUUUUGCGUAACAUUUUUAUUGGCUCUUCCAAAUUUCUCAAAUUUCUAGGGUUUCUUUUCUUCUUCGGAAUUUUCUGAUUUGGAAAGAUCGUUAAUUGUUGGAGAAAAUUCGGAUUUGGAACAAAACAUCAGUGUUUUAAAAAUAUUUAAAUUGGUCAAGCUAGAUUCCGCGGCUUCUCUUGGUUCUCUCUCUCGGGGCAUGUUUGCUAAUCUGCGCCUACCAUGGGGAAGAGGGUUCGAGUUCCAACGGAGAAGGCUCUAAUGGCUCAAGAGAACACAGCGAAGAUGAAUACACAAAGAGGACAGAAGGCAAACUUGAAAUCAAAGGCGACAACAGAGGAGGAAACACCAUGUGGAUCUGGCACCAAUAGUACUGUAAAAUUGAGAACAACACCAGGUGAAAUUGACGAAGCGAGAUCGGCGGUGAGUCCAAACCCUAAAUCCGUAGAGGUGAGGGAAAUCCAAAGUCCGUCGGCACUGAACUCCGAUCAACAAGUACCUAAUGAGGCGAUUCCGAGCCAUGCUCGUAGUCCUAUUAAGCAGAGACAAAAGCAAACUACACCAAUGAAGGAACGAGUUGCGGAGUGGGUUGAAGCUACUCAGAACCGUGUUAAUGGAUCUAAACAAUCGUGGGCUGAUGAAGUUGAACAACAGGGGAAAGUCACAGAUAUGGCGAAUGGAUUGUCUUGUGUUGACGACCCAUCUUGCAGUGCUUAUACCUGCAAAAUUGGAGUUCGAGAAUGUGUUAAUGGUGUUUGUAAAUGUUGUUUUUCAUUAACAUGUGAUGCUGGUCAAGAAAGUGUUGACCCUGGUCGCAAAGUAUUGACCUUGCAAGAGUCUUCUAAUUAGUUAAAGCUAUUUGGAGUUUGUUUAUGUAAAUUCAAUGCCUUGUAAUUGGCUAAUUGAAUUGAAGAUUAUGUUCUAAUGAGUAUCUCAAUGUUAAAUUAUGUUUACUUGA